AAACCCCAUACGCUUAUAAAGAAAGCCCAUUCUCUCCACAGUGGCCGCCUCCGCUCCCACGAAAACCCUAACCAGAGGAGCUCACAAGAUCUCCAACCAAUGGGGGCGUACAAGUACGUGUCGGAGCUAUGGAGGAAGAAGCAAUCGGAUGUGAUGAGGUUCCUGCAGAGGGUGAGGUGCUGGGAGUAUCGCCAGCAUCCGUCGAUCGUUCGGGUCACAAGGUCGACCCGACCCGAUAAGGCUCGCCGCCUCGGGUACAAAGCCAAGCAGGGGUAUGUGAUUUAUCGUGUCCGGGUGAGACGUGGUGGUAGAAAGAGGCCAGUUCCCAAGGGUAUUGUAUAUGGUAAGCCCAAGAACCAGGGUAUUACUCAACUGAAAUUCCAGAGAAACAAGCGGUCAGUUGCUGAGGAGAGAGCUGGAAGGAGGUUGGGUGGCCUUAAGGUCCUGAACUCGUACUGGAUCAAUGAGGACUCGACCUACAAGUAUUUCGAGGUUAUUCUCGUUGAUGCAGCUCACAACGCCAUCCGCAACGAUCCUAGGAUCAACUGGAUAUGUAAGGGUGUGCACAAGCACCGUGAGCUUCGUGGGCUUACUUCGGCAGGAAAGAAGUACCGUGGUCUCAGAGGCAAAGGCCACUUGUACCACAAGAACAGGCCAUCUCGCAGGGCAACCUGGAAGAGGAACCAGACCAAAUCUCUUCGCCGAUAUCGCUAGAUUUCUAUGCUUGGCUGUUUGGUGCUUUUUUGUUUCGACUAUUUGAGAUACUGUUUUAUUUCCAAUUUUGUAGGUUAAGCUACUUUGUUGACAGUUCAUGAACUUUUUGUCUUUCUUCAUAUUAUGGCUUAAUGCACUUGAUACUCUUUUCGGUUGA